CUGCCAAAGACUCAUUUCCUGGUUUUUGAAACGUCUAUCUCUGAAGCAAAUUACUUAGGAACACAGAAAAGGUUUACAUUUUACAAUGAGUCAGCCUCAGGAAGAAGAUGAAGGAGUCCCGCCCUCCAACACCACUUUGUCUGAGGAACAUGAGAGCCAGACCAAACCACAGAGGGCUGAGCAGGAAAGAGCAGAUUCUCCUUUACCAAGCUGUGUGUCCAUGAAGAGUGACAAAUCCAUGGAUUUCCCCAUGGCUUUUAAACGGCAAGAUUCAUUUUCUAAGGCUGAGCAGGAAAGAGCAGAUUCUCCUUUACCAAGCUGUGUGUCCAUGAAGAGUGACAAAUCCAUGGAUUUCCCAAUGGCUUUUAAACAGCAAGAUUCAUUUUCUAAAGUUCCCCAGGAGAUAUCAGAAGUUUCCACUAGCAGUCAAACAAACGUGGACUCCAUAUUUAUGGGUCUUGAGGAGAGCAUUGUUAAUUAUGUGAAAAACGAGCUUAAGAAGUUCCAGAAGGUUCUGAGUCGAGAUUGCUCAGGAUGCUCAGAGAGCCAAGGUGAGGACGAGGAGGUGGUUGAUGGUGAAGAGGAAGAGCAGAGGAGUAGCAGCAGCAGAGAGGCAUUUCUGAAGAUCACACUGCAGUUCAUGAGGAGAAUGAAGCAGGAGGAGCUGGCUGACUCUCUGCAGAACAGAAUUCUUGCUCCAGUGUGCUGCUGCAAACUCAAAUCAAACCUGAAGAAGAAGUUUCAGUGUGUGUUUGAGGGGACUGCUAAAACAGGAAAACCAACCCUUCUGAAUCAGAUCUACACAGAGCUCUACAUCACAGAGGGAGAGACUGCAGAGGUCAAUGAAGAACAUGAGGUCAGACAGAUUGAAACAGCAUCCAGGAAACCAGACAGACCAGAAACAGCAAUCACAUGUGAAGACAUCUUUAAGGCCUCACCUGGAGAUAAACCACUCAGAACAGUGAUGACAAAGGGAGUGGCUGGCAUCGGUAAAACAGUCUUAACACAGAAGUUCACUCUGGACUGGGCUGAAGACAAAGCCCACCAGGACAUACAGUUCACAUUCCCAUUCACUUUCAGAGAGCUGAAUGUGCUGAAAGAGAAAAAGUACAGCUUGGUGGAACUUGUUCAUCACUUCUUUACUGAAACCAAAGAAGCAGGAAUGUGCAGCUUUGAAGAGUUCCAGGUUGUGUUCAUCUUUGACGGUCUGGAUGAGUGUCGACUUCCUCUGGACUUCCACAACAACGAGAUCCUGACUGAUGUUACAGAGUCCACCUCAGUGGAUGUGCUGCUGACAAACCUCAUCAGGGGGAACCUGCUUCCCUCUGCUCGCCUCUGGAUAACCACACGACCUGCAGCAGCCAAUCAGAUCCCUCCUGAGUGUGUUGACAUGGUGACAGAGGUCAGAGGGUUCACUGACCCACAGAAGGAGGAGUACUUCAGGAAGAGAUACAUGGAUGAGGAGCAGGCCAGCAGAAUCAUCUCCCACAUCAAGACAUCACGAAGCCUCCACAUCAUGUGCCACAUCCCGGUCUUCUGCUGGAUCACUGCUACAGUUCUGGAGGAGGUGUUGAAGACCAGAGACGGAGGAGAUCUGCCCAAGACCCUGACUGAGAUGUACAUCCACUUCCUGGUGGUUCAGUCCAAACUGAAGAACGUCAAGUAUGAUGGAGGAGCUGAGACAGAUCCACACUGGACUCCAGAGGGCAGGAAGAUGAUUGAGUCUCUGGGAAAACUGGCCUUUGAGCAGCUGCAGAAAGGCAACCUGAUCUUCUAUGAAUCAGACCUGACAGAGUGUGGCAUCGAUAUCAGAGCAGCCUCAGUGUACUCAGGAGUAUUCACACAGAUCUUUAAAGAGGAGAGUGGACUGUACCAGGACAGGGUGUUCUGCUUCGUCCAUCUGAGCGUUCAGGAGUUUCUGGCUGCUCUUCAUGUCCAUCUGACCUUCAGCAACUCUGGAGUCAAUCUGCUGUCAGAAGAACAAUCAGCUUCCUUUUGGUCUAAAUUGUUCAGAAACAAAUCUGAAUUCUUCUACCAGAGCGCAGUAGACAAGACCUUACAGAGUCCAAAUGGACACCUGGACCUGUUCCUCCGCUUCCUCGUGGGUCUUUCACUGCAGGCCAAUCAGACUCUCUUACAAGGACUGGUCACACAGACAGGAAGCAGCUCACAGACCGACCAGGGAACAGUCCAGUAUAUCAAGAAGAAGAUCAGUGAGAAUCUGUCUUCAGAGAAAAGCAUCAAUCUAUUUCACUGUCUGAAUGAACUGAGGGAUACUUCUCUAGUAGAGGAGAUUCAACAACAACUAAAUUCAGGAAGUCUGUCCACAGAUAAACUUUCUCCUGCUCAGUGGUCAGCUCUGGUCUUCAUCUUAUUGUCAUCUGGAAACAAUCUGGACGUGUUUGACCUGAGGAAAUACUCUGCUUCAGAGGAGGUUCUUCUGAGGCUGCUGCCAGUGGUCAAAGUCUCCACUAAAGCCCUGCUGUGUUGCUGUAAUCUGUCAGAGAGAAGCUGUGAAGUUCUGUCCUCAGUUCUCAGCUCCCCGUCCUCCAGUCUGAGAGAGCUGGACCUGAGUGACAACGACCUGCAGGAUUCAGGAGUGAAGCUGCUCUGCACUGGACUGGAGAGUCCACACUGUAGACUGAAGACUCUCAGGCUGUCUGGCUGUCUGAUCUCAAAGAAAGGCUGUGCUUCUCUGGCCUCUGCUCUGAAAUCCAACCCCUCCCAUCUGAGAGAGCUGGACCUGAGCUACAAUCACCCAGGAGACUCUGGAGUGAGGCUGCUUUCUGCAGGACUGGAGGAUCCAAGCUGGAAAUUGGAAACUCUCAAGGUGGACCAUGGUGGAUCAAAGUCAAUGAAGCCUGGUCUGAAGAAAUAUGCCUGUGAACUCACACUGGACCCAAACACAGCAAACAGGAAGCUCAUAGUGUCGGACCACAACACAAAGGUGACAGUGGGGAAAGAGACGCAGCCCUACCCUGAUGAUAAAGAGAGAUUUGACUACUGGAAGCAGCUGCUGUGUACUGAUGGUUUGACUGGUCGCUGUUACUGGGAGGUUGAGUAUACAGGACACGUAUAUAUAGCAGUGACUUACAGAGGAAUCAGAAGGAAAGGAGACGGUGACGACUGCUGUCUUGGCAGGAAUGAUCAGUCCUGGAGUCUGAGUUCCUCUGAUGAUGGUUACUCUGCCCUGCACAGUAACAAAAGUGCAUCCGUCCAUGUCCCCGCUGCAAACAGAGUGGGAGUGUACCUGGACUACCCUGCUGGCACUCUGUCUUUCUACAGAAUCUCCUCUAAUAAACUGACCCACCUCCACACCUUCUGCACCACAUUCAGUGAGCCGGUCUACCCUGCCUUCAGGCUUAAGACUGGCCCGAUUAACUCUUCUGUGUCUUUGUGUUGGAUACAGUAAAAUACAGUCUCAUUAACCUUUUCUGACUGAUUUUUGGUGAUGGUGACAUUAUAUAUUCCCUCCAAAGCCUCUUUACUCUUUGUAAAACACUGGAGUCUUACCCUGCUUGCCCCGUUCUGGAUUAUUCUAUCCUGUUUUAGAUUUAUGUUUAGUUUUGUGUUCCUUGUCUGUCUAUGGACUACUGCUUCACUCUAUGUAAGCUUGAGUAUUCCUGUUUGAAUUUGGAUAAACACAAACAAUAAACAUCAGAAACUGCACCAGUGUUUCCAGCAUCUAG